AUGGCACCAAAGUACGCCAAAGACCAGCCUGUGGGAUUUACUAAUCGCAUUGAGCAAGUAGCUAUCGUGGGGGCGAGCGGGCAAAUCGGUACUCACCUCGCCACAGCCCUCGUCAAAACGGGCAAGCACACAGUCACCGCCUUGACGCGCCUGGGCAGCGAGAAUAAAGUCCCACCUGGCGUCAAAGCGGUCUCCGUCGACUAUGAUAACGAGUCGAGCGUCAUUUCCGCUCUUAAGGGCCAACAAAUACUCAUCAUUACCCUCUCUGGCUUUGCCCCGCCAGAUGCCCACUCCAAGAUCGUCCAGGCGGCCGCCAAAGCCGGCGUCCCACACAUUAUGCCCAACAUUUUCGGCAUAAACGACGCCAAUGAAGCACUCAUUAGGGAGAAUUUGCUGAGCCCCGACAUCAAGGGCAUCACUGCGGAAAUCAAAGCUGCGGGCUUGUCAUACACCUAUCUAAUCUGCAGCUUAUGGUACGAGUACAGUCUCGCCAUGGGUCCGCUCUGGUUUGGUUUCGACUUUCCCAACAAGAAGCUGACGCUGUAUGACGACGGCACCACCAAGGUGAACCUGACCACGUUUGAACAGUGCGGACGGGCUGUUGCCGCGUGGCUGAGCCUCAAGGAACUGCCCGAAGACGCCAACGACACGAGCCUGACGGUAGACUCGUGGCGCAACAAACCGCUCGUCAUCUCCAGCUUCUUGGUCAGUCAGCUCGACAUGUUCGAGAGUUGGAAGCGCAUCACCGGCGACAAGGACUCGGAUUGGACCAUUGAGAAAGUGCCUAGCAAGGAGCGCUACCAACAGGGCAUAGAGGCCAUGAAGAACGCUCAGGAUCCCAUGUCUGGACGUAUGGGUGCCGCUAUGGCUUCCUUCGUCCGCAUCUUCUACCCUAACGGCGACGGCGACUACGAGAGCACUCGGGGCUUGGACAACGGUCAACUCGGCCUGCCGAAGGAAGACCUCGACGGGUGCACUGCUGUCGCUAAGCAAAUGGUGGAUGACGGCUAUGCAGCUAAGGUGAUGGCUAAGGUGGGUGGCACUCAACCAACAUUGUAG